AUGCCGCCCACCUUCUCACACAACGAAGCUACCCUGAGAGGCGUCCUUCUCACCCUCAUACUUGCCAACCUCCUCUGGAUCUCAAGUAUGCUCGGCUCCAUCUACGAGGAGGACAUGGAGUGGGACCCUCACACCGGCCUCCCUCUCAACGACCACGAUGUCGAAAGUCAGGCAGAAAAAUCCGUCGUUAUGCGAGCACCCCGACCCAAGCCUACACUUGACAACUUCCUCAUCACUUGCAGAAUUGCCACGCCUCGCCUCGUCAAACUUGCCGAAGUCGACGACGAAGGGGAAUGA